UUGCAUUAGCCGUUCAGCACUCUAGAAAUUUCAAAAAUCCAAUAUGAAAUCUUGAUUGGUUUAUCUUGUUGACGUGGCCAAUCCAUCAACGGUCCUAAUCCGCCCCACCUUAUCUUGCUCAGCAUCUAAAAAUAUCAUAAAAAACAUCCGCAAUUCUUCUUUCAAUGUCUCAUUUCAUCGUCCUAAAUUAAAUUAAAAUUUUUAAAUCAACUUAUAUAACUUAGUUGAAGAAAUAAAUGGCGCUACAAGCAGCUUCUUUGGUACCUUCUUCAGUCUCAUUUCAUAAAGAGGGGAAAUGCAUUGGUUUUAAAGAGACAUCCUUUUUUGGGGUUUCAUUUUCUGAUCAUUUGAAGGCUGAAUUUCAUGCUCCAUCUUUGAGAAUCAAGCAGGAAUCCAGAAAUGGGAUGAUUAAAGCUCAAGCAGUAACGGAAUCACCAUCAAUCAACCAAGCAACCCCCGAAGGUAAGAAGACAUUAAGAAAAGGAAAUGUGGUUAUUACAGGAGCCUCAUCUGGGCUAGGCUUAGCCACCGCCAAGGCCCUCUCAAUGAUGGGAAAUUGGAACGUAACCAUGGCUUGUAGAGAUUUCCUUAAAGCAGAGAAGGCAGCUAAGAGAGUAGGUAUGGCCAAAGGGACCUACUCUGUCAUGCACCUAGACCUUGCUUCCCUCGAAAGCGUUCGACAAUUUGUGGAUAACUUCCGCCGUUCUGGUAAACCACUCGAUGUUUUGGUUUGCAAUGCAGCUGUGUAUUUGCCUACUGAUAAAGACCCAACUUUUACUGCUGACGGCUUUGAGCUAAGUGUUGGGACCAACCACCUUGGGCAUUUUCUUCUAUCAAGGUUGCUCCUCGAUGACUUAAAACAGUCGGACUACCCAUUAAAACGCCUUAUCAUUGUCGGCUCUAUCACAGGUAACUCAAACACGGUCGCUGGGAAUGUCCCCCCAAAGGCCAACCUCGGAGAUCUGAGGGGACUUGCCGGAGGGCUGAAUGGAGUAAACACCUCAUCAAUGAUUGACGGAGGUGAGUUUGAUGGUGCAAAGGCCUACAAAGACAGCAAAGUCUGUAACAUGCUCAGUAUGCUAGAGUUCCACAAGCGGUUCCACGAAGAAACUGGAAUUACCUUUUCAUCUCUCUAUCCUGGAUGUAUAGCUGAGACUGGUCUGUUCAGGAAUCAUGUUGCGUUGUUUAGAACUCUUUUCCCACCCUUCCAAAAAUACAUUACAAAAGGUUAUGUUUCUGAAGAAGAGGCUGGAAAACGGCUUGCACAGGUGGUCAGUGAUCCGAGCUUAACGAAAUCAGGGGUUUACUGGAGCUGGAACAACAAUUCUAAAUCAUUUGAAAAUGAGCUAUCAAAGGAAGCUAGCGAUGAAGAGAAAGCAAAGAAAUUGUGGGAGGUCAGCGAAAAGCUUGUUGGAUUGGCUUAGGAAAUUUUCAUAUGUUACGAAUGUCAGCAGCCAAGUAUCCAACAGUAAUGAUCUCAGUCGAUAGGUUAUGUAGUUCAAAGAUAAUGUAGAAAUAAAGGAAGCAGUUCAGUGUAUGAAAUCAGGGGUAAAAAAAAGUCAUUUUAAGCUUCAAUUGAUGAUCUUAUUCUGGUUGGUUUUAUA